AUGUCUAAUAUAGCAUUGUUGGACAAUGAUGUGGGAUGCAUGUCUAAUACAGAGCUGUGGGACAAUGAUGUGAGAAGCAUGUCUAAUAUAGAGUUGUGGGACAAUGAUGUGAGACGCAUGUCCAAUAUAGAGUUGUGGUACAAUGAUGUGGGACAUGGGUAUGGGAUCGGAAUGUGGAACAACGAUGCGGGACGUGGGUGUGGGAUCGGGAUAUGGUACUAUGAUGUGGGACGUGGGUGUGGGAUACAGUUGUGGGAUGAUGAUGUGAGGCAUGGGUGUGGGAUCGGAUUGCGGUACAAUGGUGUGGGACGUGGGUGUGGGAUCGGGGUGUGGUACAAUGAUGUGGGGCGUGGGUUUGGGAUACAGUCGUGGGAUCAUGUUGUACGACGUGGGUGUGGGAUCGGGAUGUACAAUGAAGUGGGACGUGGGUAUGAGUGA